ACGUCAUCCAGGAGACCACGCCCAUAUUAAGCGGGAAAUUUCAAAUCAAAAGUUAGAAUAUUCGGCCCAGAUACAGCCCAGACUGUACACAGAGGCGAGUAGCUAACAGGACUAAGCCUGGGGGGUCGUUUCCAGUCAAAAGAUUUGAAACAAACAGACAGGCGGGAAAGAAAAUGGCAAACAACCUCGUAUUUGUGCCCAAUCAAGAGAACGAGGAGAGGAGACGGUCCCUGCAGGGGCCAGUGGGAGUCUACAAGAGACAUUUAAAGAAUGUCCCUACGUCAGAGAGCAAGCGAAAGCCAUUAUCGACGAUUAGUCUUAGCAACCACCAGCAGUACGAAGGGACAAGGGGACAGAGUCUUUCGCAACAGACGAAUAUGGAGUCUUCUCUUCCUCGAUAUUUAGACCCGCUAUACGGCUUGCCUUCAUCGAUACCACCACCAUCCCUCUCUCUCUCCUCCACUCUCUCCUCCUCCUUCUCUUCCUCUCUCUCCUCCUCAUUUCACCAGCCAGCUACCAAUAACUAUACCUCAUUCCCCUCACCUGUGUCUCCAAUGCUAGUAUCCACUCCAUUGGUUGGUGACUCAUUUUCAUUUGUUGAGCCAAAUAAUGAUGACUGCAGUAUUGAGUAUGCACAAGACAUCCUGUCACACAUGAGACAAAGCGAGAUACAGUAUCACCCAAUGAUAGAUUAUAUGACAAAGCAGUAUGAUAUUACUAACAUAAUGAGAUGCAUUCUUGUUGAUUGGCUUGUUGAGGUCUGCGAUGAAUUUCAUUUAUUACCCGAGACACUGUUUGCUGCUGUUGCUUAUGUCGAUCGCUAUUUGUCUCAAGUCUCUGUACCACGAUCUAAACUACAGUUGGUUGGUGUCACCUGUCUUUAUUUGUCGGCAAAAUUCGAAGAGAUACAUCCACCAGAAAUCAGUGAAUUUGCUUACAUUACUGAUGAUACUUACACCAAAAAACAGAUAGUUAAAAUGGAGCAUGAGAUUUUAAAUGUACUAAGUUAUAAUCUGGUCCAACCAACUUCUGUCACGUUUCUAUCUUAUUAUCUGAAACUCCAGCAUAACUCAAUCAGCUCAAUACUCAAGGAAAGAGUGGAGCACUUAUCAAUGUAUUUAUGCGAGUUAGCCCUACAAGAUGGCGAUCCAUUUCUUAAAUACUAUCCAUCGAUUCUAUCGGCUUCAGCUUUAUGCCUAGCAAGACAUUGCUUAGGAUUAUCACCUUGGCCAGUGCAGUAUCAGUAUCACAGUGGUUACACAGUGUCUGAUAUCAGUACUUGUAUACAGGAUCUACACAGGACACACGCACUAGCACACAAU